AUGCCUAUCUAUGAAGUCCACCACUCGUACCCCUUGACCCACGAGCACAAGCAAGGCCUCGCAACCGCCAUUUGCAAGCUUCACUGCACCGCCUUCGUAAGCAACUUCCCACCAUCUCCCAAACCCUGCUAUCGCUUCUUGCCCUUGCAACACCACCCAUAUAACACCAACACCAACAGACAUCCCUUAUCUGAGCCUUCCCUUCAUCCCCCCCAAACACCCCUCACGCUCCCCACCCUCCCACAAUCACCAAAAAAACUCACCCUCCCCCUCCUCAUCCAACAGACAACCCCCUCCUUCUUCGUCCACACAAUCUUCAAGUCCCACGACGCCUCGGACCGCAGCUACUUCGUGGCCGGCCAAGCGCGCGAGACCUGCACGAACCGCAUCGUCGCGCAGGUCCGCACGUCCGCCAAACGGUCCAGGGCCGACUUCGACGCUCUCGCCGAGAAGAUCGAGACCGCGUGGUACGACGAAUUGAAGGGUGGGCCGGUGGACGAUGAUGAGAAAAGCAAGAACAAGGGGAAGAGGCCGGGCGAGGUGGAUGAGUCGGAGAGGGAGGCUGAGGCGAAGAGAUUGUUGAUGAUCACUUUCUACCCCAUGAUCGCAGCGCGGGAGGCGGGCAUGACGAUCCCAGAAGCCGGCGACGAGGCGGCCUUCUUCAAGGAGCAGAUGCCGUACAUGAGGCGCAUGGCGGACGAGAAGGGCCUGGAAGAUUUCAAGGACAUGUUGCAGGAGUUGGAGGAGCGGGAGGAUUUGAAGAAGCUCGUUUCCUAG